GCAAGCUCCAACCAGCUAGCGCUCGAGCAUCACCGGCCACACCUGGUCGACCGAGCUCGAAGCUUUCGAGGGAGGCAAUGGAGGGAGACAAGUCCAGCGGCGCCGGCGCCGGCGGGUUGGUGCUGCUCAACUGCUUCGUGAGCCCGUUCGGCAACCGCGUGCGCAUCGCGCUGAAGCGCAAGGGCCUGGCGUACGAGGAGAAGCACGAGAACCUGGCGCCCAAGAGCCCGCUGCUACUGUCCUCCAACCCCGUCCACGCCAAGGUCCCCGUCCUCCUCGUCGGCGGCAGCCCCGUGUGCGAGUCCCUCGUCAUCCUCGAGUUCGUCGACGAGGCCUUCGCCGGGAACGGCGAGCCGCUCCUCCCCGCCGCCCCCUGUGCCCGCGCGCACGCCCGCUUCUGGGCAUCCUACGUCGACAGCAAGCUGCCGGAGUGCGCGGUGCGCGUGUGGCGGUCGCCCAAGGGCGCGGCGGCGGUGGAGGAGGGGAGGAAGGACCUGGUGGCGGUGCUCAAGACGCUGGAGGCGGAGCUGGGCGCCAAGCCGUACUUCGCCGGGGACGCGCUCGGGUACGUGGACGUGGCGCUGGUGCCGUUCGCGCCGUGGUUCCUGACCUACGAGAGGCUCGGCGGGUUCAGCGUCGCCGGCGAGUGCCCGGCGCUGGCGGCGUGGGCGGAGCGCUGCGUCCGGGAGAAUGAGUGCGUGGCCAAGUCGCUGCCGGAGGCCGAGGACGUAUUCCAGUUCGUGUGCGGCAUGAGGAAAAUGUUGGGCCUCGACUAGGCCGACCAUUGGGGGUGUCGUCGCUCGCUCGUCGCGGGCGGCGCCGGCAAGAGCUUGGCUAGUUGGCUGCAUUAAUAAGGAGGGAGUGGAUCAGUUGUCGGUGCCUGUCUUUUGGUUUGCACACGGCACGGCCGCGCCGGUGCACGACCGUGCACGUUGACGCGUGAUCCACGAUCUCGUCACAAACUUCUCAAAGCUUGGCUAUUGUUUUUGCAUGUCGUCUAUGCCGUUGUUUUUCGAUGUUGCUGUUGUUUUUGCGGCGGUUUGGUAAACAUUUGUGGGUGUAAUUUCUUUUUCAUCAGAACUGUUGUUUA